AUGGACUCUCCUCUUGGGAGCAAGGCCCCAGAGCCUGCUCUCCCCCAGGUCGCCGGCGUCAAGCGUCCGGCGCCUUCUCUGCUGCCCGCCUUUGAACCUCUCUCCUCAUCACCAGGCCUGCCGCGUCUGAUCAAGAAGGCCCGUAACAACGCGUCCGGUCUGAACGCGCAAAAUGCGUUUGCAAAGUAUCCCACGCCUGUGCCAACGUCCAGCACGGGCAUCAUGUCCUCUUCUCCACCAGCACGCGUCGUCGGCGGCCGUCCCACCCUGCAACGGACCUUGUCAGCAGCCUCGGAACGCACGCCCCUGUGUGCCGUCCCAUCCAUUGAGCUCAACGAGAACGGCGAGACACUUCUCAUGGGCCGCUCCAGCAACUCGUCACACUACCAGCUGUCCGCCAACCGCCUGAUCAGCCGCGUCCAUGCCAAGGCACGAUUCAUUCCCUCCAUGGGCCCGCUCGAGCCAAACAAGGUAGAGAUUGUGUGCUGCGGGUGGAACGGUCUGAAGCUGCACUGCCAGGGCCGGACAUGGGACCUCAGCAAGGGCGACACGUUUACCAGUGAGACCGAGAGCGCCGAGCUCAUGAUGGAUGUGCAGGACGCGCGUGUCCGCAUCCAGUGGCCCAAGAAGAACGGUGCCGACGCACUGGCGAACCUGUCCGACUCCUCCUGGGACUCGCCGCGGUCGGCGCGCGUCGCCAGUCGACAUAGCAACAGCAACCGGGGCGGUGCAACAUCGGGUGAUGCCCCUGGUGGCUCUGCCUUGCAGUCCAGCCCGCUCCGCCGUGCUGCACGGAUUGCUUCGCCCGAAAGCCCGACGCCGGCCGGCGUCCCUGUCUCUGGCGCCAGCCUGCAGGCCCUGCUGUCUCAGCACAUGGGCAGCGACGACGAAGAUGACGACAGCGGCGCGGCCAUCCAAAUUUACGAGGAUGCUAGCGGCGACGAGCCGGACCUGCCCAAGCAGGAUGCACGGGCGGGCGCGAGCUUUGCGACCGAGCUGGCGGACAGCUUCUCGAGUGACUUGAGUGAUAUCCACACGGACGACGACGCCAACGACAGCAGCCAAAACGACGACGUUGACGAUCCUGACGAGGAGAACGAUCCAAUUGUGCACUCGUUUGGUCCCUUUGGUGCCAACCUCUCCGACCGCCUCGCCUCGUUCUCGACAAACAGCCCCAAAGUCGGCCGCCGGCCGCUGAGCCGCAUCCCCUCCGCCGACGGCUCCAUCACAUCGUUUGACUCUGGUGAAGUCGCGGCCGCGGACGACUCGAUCCACGCCAAGAACGCCGCACCCUCCUCCUCCCAGCGGCCGACGACGCCGACCGCAUCUGGCAUCCCGCUCGCGGAUCCCAACCGCUCCGCAGAAGGCGUCGGUCUCGGUAUCUCGGUCGAGCCCAAGAGCCCGAACCCUACCCAGGACGAGGCUUCGGCUGCGGUCGAGAUCAGCAAGAACGUCGACGUCGAGACGGUCCGGAAUCACUUGAUCAACCAGCUCGCCUUUUCGCGCCUGUCGUCGAGUCCCUUGUCGACCAUUAUGAACAACCUGCCGGCCGAGGAGCGGCGCGACCUAACGAUCGAUGCGCUCCGGUUCAUCAUUGAGGGCACGCCGUGUGUCGGUGUGAUCAAGCGGCAGGGAAAGGACGCCGCCGGCAAGGCGCUGGAGAGCGAGUACUACUACGUCUCCGACAUGGACGAUGACAUGUCGCGGCGGUCGGUUGUCGACAACCUGCGGAAACCGAGCCUGCGGAAUUGCCGGAAGCAGCACAAGCAAUAUUACUGGAAGCGCCCACGGACGCCAUAG